AUGGCACCCGUCGGACUACCUCCUGGUUUCAGAUUUCAUCCCACCGAUGAAGAACUCGUCAAUUAUUAUCUCAAAAGAAAAAUCCAUGGCCAGGAAAUUGAACUUGAUAUUAUUCCUGAAGUUGAUCUCUACAAAUGUGAGCCUUGGGAAUUAGCAGAGAAAUCGUUUUUGCCGAGUAGAGAUCCGGAAUGGUACUUUUUCGGUCCAAGGGAUAGAAAAUAUCCAAACGGAUUCAGAACGAAUAGAGCAACUCGAGCAGGAUACUGGAAAUCUACGGGGAAAGAUCGGAGAGUGACGUCACAGAAUCGCGCCAUUGGGAUGAAGAAGACGUUGGUUUAUUACAGAGGAAGAGCGCCGCAGGGGAUUAGAACUGAUUGGGUAAUGCAUGAAUAUCGACUCGAUGAUAAAGAAUGUGACGAAAUCUCCAGUAUUCAGGUAGAUUCAUAUGCAUUGUGUCGUGUAUUCAAGAAAAAUGGUGUUUGUUCAGAAAUAGAAGAACUAGGACAACCUAGUAUUAAUGUACCAUCAUUUGAGUACCCAUUAACUCAAGGAAUUAACAACAAUAAUAAUGUUCAUCAUGAACAAUACCAAACACCAUCUCCAGAUGUUCCAUUAGCAUCAUCAUCAUGUUGUAUUGAAGAAGAAGAAAAAGAUGAUUCAUGGAUGCAGUUUAUUACAGAAGAUGUAUGGUGUUCUUCCAACUCUUCUUUUCAACAAGGUGAAGACAUCUCUCCACUUGCUUUCACAAAUUUAUAA